AUGAAUGGAGUUACCACUAAUAAUGAUGGAUCUUCAGAACUUAAGGCACAAAUUCAACAGUACCUGGUAGAAUCCGGUAACUAUGAGAUGAUUUCUAAUAAACUCAAUGAAAGGUUGUUAAAAGAUGGGUGGAUUGACGAGUUGAAAAAAAUUGUUAAUAAAGAAGUAAAUUCAUCAAAUUCCACACAUUUUAGCCAAAUACUUUCAAAAGUGGAACCAAGAGCAUUGGAAAUGGUCUCUGAGCCAACAAGACAAGAAGUACUAAACCAGAUUAAAGUGGUACUCGAUGAAAUUGUCGAAUAA